AGAGAGCGUUUCCCUGGGGCCGGAGGGUUUCUCAGUCCCCACAGCGGUGCCGUGCCCAGAGCUGUGGGGUUCUGGCUGUUCUUUCUCGGGCUUCCCCGAAAACGGCGUGGUCAGAGAGCGCAUUUGCAGUUUCUGUUGCUUCCUAUCGCCAUGAAAUCACAGAAUUAGAGAAGGGUUUGGGUUUCAAGGGCCUUUAAAAAUUAUCUGGCUCCAAACCCCUGCCAUGGGCAGCGACUCCUUCCACUAGACCAGGUUGCUUAAAGCCUCUUCCAGCCUGGCCAUGGACACUUCCGAAGAUGGGUCAUCCACAAAUUCUCUGGGCAAUCUGUUCCGGUGCCACACCUCUUCCCUCAGAGCAACUGGUCAUGGUUGAGCUAUCAGGAAUUAUUGAUUCAGACUUCCUAGAAAAAUGUGAAAACAAGUGCAAGAUUUUGGGAAUAGAGACAGAGAGGCCCAUUUUACAAGUGGACAGAUAUGUAUUUGCAGGAGAAUAUGAAGAUGCCUUGGGAACCUGUGUGGUUUUUGAAGAAAACACAGAGCAAGUAGAUGCAGAAGGCAACCAAAAAGUACAGCUGAAGUACAAGUGCCACACAGUGAAGAAGUUGAACAUGACACGGACCCUUCUGACAGAAAAGAAGGAAGGAGAAGAGAAUAUUGGUGGAGUAGAGUGGUUGCAGAUCAAGGACAGAGAUUUUUCCUACAGCAGGCUUAAUAUGAUUUGCAGUUUUCUGCCUGAAAAAGAUGAUUCUGAGGAGUCAGCUCAGGCCCAAGAUAAAUUGACAGAAGAGUCAGAGGGAGAGGUGAGUGGCCAAGGCAAUUCUAACAUGAACUGUGACCUGGAAAAGCAGCCCAGCUUGGAAAUGGAUGCCCCUGUUCCUUUGCCUGACAGCUCUGCUUCUGGGGCAGAGCAAUCUCCUGGAAAUGCUGCCUUAGAGGAUGUACCUCCAUGAUACUAACUCUGAUCUUUUCAGGACUUCUUCACAGAAUUAAUGGGCCAACCUUUAUAGACCAUGACAUGGUUUCCACCUUCUCUGAAAAAUGGAUAGUGGAAAAACAGACAUUAUGUUCUUGUGCAUUGCUUUUGUGUUUGAAUUAUAGUGGGAAGGGCUUAAUUGUUUUUUAAAAUUACUGACUGGAAAUGUAUGUAUCACUACCUCAAAACUGGACAAGUGGAAGUGGUUACAUAAUUAAAAGAAACUCCUAGCUUAGAAAAAUGUUGAUGUAUUGUACAGUCUGAAACAUUUUGUAAAAAGAAAGAAACAUCAUUGUUUAAAAUAAAGACCUGAAUUUUUCAA